UGAUCUCCGAGGCUGAUUGCAGGCUCAAGCGUGCGCGUACACUCCGCGCUGCGUGCUUCGUCCGUCUCAACGCCAGCAGAAAGUCCAGCCAUACCGACUGAAACCACUUCAGUACGUAACACAGAACUGUGUUCCACGUAGAAGACGCUACGUCGUACCAAAUAGACCGCACGAGCGCGAGAACAAACGCCAUUUGCAUCCUAGAUGUGGCAGCAGUGCGUUCAUGACCCCAGAGAACUUCCGGUCAGCCAUUUUCGAGAGUUCAGUUAGCGAAGAAAGAAUAAGUAUUUUGCUGCAUAGUAUACUAUAAGCACAUACUCUUGGUGUUUUCAUGUAUGAAGGACGUGCGCCUUACGUCGAGCUCAUGCAUACGGGCUUUUUCGUUCUACUUAAAAAUAUAACUCACUUGUCAAACACCCCAAAUCUGCAGCAAAACUCGUGCCAGCUGGAGGGCCCUGUAGCUUUAUAGAAUAUCGUAGCUUGGGUUGCUCCUCAGGUCUUAGCCGGAAGUCUUCUGGGAACUGUGUCUCUACGCAUGAAAAGGGUCCAUACCUGCCAUGCGAUACGGAGUGCUCGCGCGAGCCAACAUGCCGACUGCCCAAAGAUGGCGCCACUGCGUAGCGAUAUGGCGGCGCAUAUGAAGAAACGGUCUACAGAGGAACACUAUUUGGCCACGCGCUCGCGUGCCCCGCAAUAUCUUGUGCCCCAGUGUACGUAACAAUGGAACAAGCCCGAUGCAUUUGCACCUGCUGCUGCGGAAUCGGCGGUAGACAUAUGGAACGGCUGUCGCCGACGAUAACGAAGCACUCGCCGCGUUGCGAAGCUCAAGGUGCGACAAGUGUUCGGCAUUGAACGCGAUUGUGGGUGCAGGGCUCAUUUUGUGGGUGCAGGGCUCAGCCGAAGUGUACGUGACCUCUAAGUAGCGAUAAGCUCGGUAAAAAAAAGCCACCGCACUCUUGUGUGGGCGUAGGAUUCGUGCCUGAAGACACCGCCAUGCCGGAUCACGGACCGGAACGUGUGCACCGUUUUCGCGACCACGUCGUCUCCGGCGUCAACUGGCGACCGACCCGGUUCCUCGACGAGGUUCCCAGUUCACGUGUCUGCAGCCUCUGCCGCAUGAUCCCAAAACGGACGGUGCUGUUGCCGUGCGGUCACGCUCUGUGCCAAUCUUGCCACGCAGCCAGUCUCGAAGGCGGCGUUGGGCGGUGUCCGUUGGAUCGAGAGCCAUUCGAAGAAGAGGAGUGCGUCGGUUAUGUAUUCCCUACCAGGAAAGCAAACGCCGUGAAGGUGUACUGCUGGAACGAAGCGCACGGCUGCGAGUACACGGGCACCAUGGACCACAUGCUGCAGCACUACGAGAACGAAUGCACAUUUCACACCGUGGACUGUUUGCGAUGCGGCGAGAAAGUCCAGCACAAAGACCUACCAACGCACUACGCGGCCGGAUGCAGGGCCGGUGUUCCUUCCGCGAUCACAGAGUCCUCGGAGCAUACAGCACUGACCCUUGCAGACGUGAAGGCCAUGUUGGGAUGCCUCAAUCACGACCAGCUGCUGCCAGUGAUUCAGAGUCAGUUGCAUAAUCUUACAGAACAAGUCAGAAACCAGGAAGCCAGGUUCGCCGAGAUUACUCGCGAGCUCGGAGUAUGCGAGCAUAAUUUAAAGGGUGAGACGGCUCAAAUGACCCCCACGAUUUCAUCGAACGUGUCGCACCAGCGGACGUCUCAGCAAAAUCCAUUGGAGCAAGCGAGCACGUCGAGGUCGCUGUCGUUGCGCUCGGAACAAGAUCUGAUACUUCGAAAGUUGGAACACUUAGCCCACCUGGAACACUCGCGGAAAACUUCCCCGAAGCCUGAUUCCAGCUCUGUCAUUGCUCAUUGUGAGACUUUGUACGGUGACGUUCGGCAUUUGACCAGUGCGCUGUCGACACCCGAGCGGAUGAAAAAAAUUGGGUGGGCGAGUUAUCUGCUGACCCUAGAAAACUGUGAGGAAAUCAUUCAGUGUCAUGGACACGUGAAAACGUUUGCUGACAUUAUGGUGUGGCACAUGAGGGACACGUACUUUACGAUUGCCGCUUCGAAGUACGGCGCUACUUGUGCAUCUACCCUCGUUGUGGAGAUCGAGUUUAACGGCAUGCUCGUGGACUCUCACUGUUGGCCGCCUUUCUGGAGCGUGUACGCGGUGGAUAAAGUAACUUCCAAUGAACGUUCGUUGGCUUCCUGUGCCAGCCAAUGUUGCUGCAACCGCGAUGAUCCCUCAUUGCUACACUUCCACCUCCAAUUUCAUAUAGACAUUGCCUGGCUGAAAAAUGAAGGCUGCCUACGAGACGGAAAGGUAGCGUUCCGUAUCUCGCUCAGCGAUAAAGAUAUAGAAGAUAGGAUCAGAGGGCUACCCUAACGUUCGUCAUCGCACAAUGUGUAUUGCACUGGAGAAUCCUCCUUGCCCCUUCCCCAUAUCUGCCACAGGAGCUUAAGGAAUUUUUGAUCUCCUUGGUCUUAAAUAAAGUGGGCUCUGGGAAAUUUCUUUUUUUUAUAUUUGCUAUCCUUUGUAGCUGUCAAACUAUUGUUUUCUGACUUUCUUGGCUGUUUGUCUUGUUUAUUUCUUGUGCAAAUACAGUUUUUGUUCC